CUCUCCUUCUAGCAAACACUACACGUAAAAUCUUCGCUAGGAUUCAGAGAGCUCUGCUUUGCGUUUUGGUCUCCAGGCAGUAGCAGGCUGCAGGCUAGACCUAGAACCACAUUUUGGCCUUCUAGUCGCCGGCCUUGCUGCUCGCUCCUCUCCAAACCUCGAAACCAUCUCCCGCCAACCCCAAUUCCCCCUUCCCGCCCCUCCCACCGCCUGCAAAAGGGCCGCGCGCUCUUCCUCGGCCCGGCCACUCCUCCACCCCUGAAUCCGGAAAAUCUCUGACCGCUGCGGGCGUCUCCCUUUGCGCGGCGCGGGCAGUGGGAGGCGGCGGCAGCGGCGAUGAGCGCGGUGAACAUAACGAACGUGGCGGUGCUGGACAACCCCACCGCCUUCCUCAACCCCUUCCGGUUCGAGAUCUCCUACGAGUGCCUCGUCCCCCUCGACGACGAUCUGGAGUGGAAACUCACAUAUGUUGGAUCAGCUGAAGAUGAAACCUAUGAUCAGCAGCUUGAGAGUGUACUUGUUGGACCUGUCAAUGUUGGGACCUACCGUUUCGUACUCCAGGCUGACCCACCAGACCCUUCAAAAAUCCGUGAAGAAGACAUCAUUGGCGUCACAGUGCUGCUAUUGACAUGCUCCUACGUGGGACAAGAGUUCAUGAGAGUGGGUUACUAUGUUAACAACGAUUACGACGAUGAGCAGCUGAGAGAAGAGCCUCCAGCAAAGCUGCUACUUGACCGGGUGCAGAGGAACAUUUUGGCUGACAAGCCCCGCGUCACCAAGUUCCCAAUCAACUUCCACCCUGAACCCGGCACAAGCGCAGAACAGCAGCCACAGCAGCAGGAACCACAGGCUGCUUCGCCAGAACCACAGGCGUCCUCUCUAGAGAACCACACAGUCGAAGAAAGUAAGCCCAGUACCGACGCUGUCGUAUGAUCGGAGUUGGGAUGCUAACAUUUUGUUAUCCAUGCCUGUUCUUAGAGUGUCCGGUGUGUCCUGUAAUGUAAUGUUACAGAUGAGAUUGGUGGUCGUUCUGUCUUGCACUGGGGUUCCUCGUCUGUAGACAGUUUCAAAAUCUAUUGUGCUGCAGAUGUUGGGUGCCUUGUUAUUUCCGUGGGCAAAGAGCACUUGAGCCUGUUCUGUUGAAAACGGUGCGUUUUACUUGGCUA